UGAGCUUAAGACGUGCAACCGGCGUGCAUUGCUAAAAAAAUAAUUUAAAAAGUGCAUUCAGUAAAGUUUAAAACGAACAAUAACCAUGUCUCAGGAAUUUGACAAACCAGAGUAUCAGGACUUCUACGUUGACGAUGACGCAAUCGUCGAAUUCCUGGAAAGGAGCCUGGCCCAAGUGCUCGUCGAAACUGCACAGAUAAAAGUUGAUCUGGAAGAGCUUCAGGAGGAGCAGAAGAAACUGCAGGCGGAGCAUGAGAAGAGCUGCCUGUCGAACGUCCCGCUGGAUAUAUUUCCCGACGAGAUGAAUCUGAUGCCUCGCCUACAGCAGGUGACCGAACAGGCUGAAGAACUCUUGGCUCAUGUCACAAAACUGAUCGAUGCCAAGGCCAACGUGAAGAAGUCCUACUACCAGGACAACGAUGAGGGCAAGGAUGCCACGAAGAAAAACUUGAAGACGCUUCACAACCUGGUGGCUUACAAAAGUGUAAAGGAAACCAUCUAUGACAGUGAACACACUGUUACUGACGACAUGUCGUCCGACGAAGAACUGUCCAACUUGGACGAGGAAUGCGAUGUCAACAACGUCGCCAUGAUGAUGGAAGAGAUGGAUAUGUUGAAUCAGAUCCACAAGCAAGCCACUGAAUCCAUGCAAAACAGAAGGCUUGAGGCCGGCGGUCCUACCGAUGGCUUUUCUAAUAGUAAAAUCCUAGAGAGAUACAUGCUGGCAGAAGCUCCAAGCAAGGAAGAGCCUUCCAAUUGAGAGUUUCUUUAUAAAAAUAACCAAAAUUACUUUGCCA